AUGGAAGCCGAUUUAAGGAUUUUAACGGACCUAAAAAGUCAAAUAGAAAGAAGUCGAGUUAAUUUUAAAAAGUCACCAAAAGAGCGAAUUACGCCUAUUUUUAUUGAAAUAAGACAGGAGGCUUUUGAAAAACAAUUUGGUGAAUUUUCUGAAAAACAUACGGGAUUAAUCAGCAAAUAUAAGCCCAACGAUUUGAAUAAAACUACGUAUAUUAAGGAAGAUUUGUUUCAAGCACUUUAUGAUACUUAUUUAGAUUACAAGGUUGAAUUAAAAAGUACAUUGUCCAAGUUUAAAAAUGAUAUUGUGUCACCUAGUUGUAGUGAAACAUCAUCUAAGCAAUCUAUGAAAUCGUCAUGUGUCAAGUUACCAAAAAUAUCUAUUCCGAAAUUCAGUGGCAAGUAUACGGAGUGGUCUACAUUUCGCGAUUUAUUUAUUUCUCUUAUUCAAAAUAACGAAACACUUGACGACGUUCAAAGACUGCAUUAUUUAAAAACACAAUUAACUGGUGAAGCUGAACAAUUGAUUCGUCACAUUCCUAUUACGCAAUCAAAUUAUAAAAAAUGUUGGCAAUUGUUAACUGAUAGGUAUAAUAACAAAAAAAUUAUGUCAAAUUGUAUAUUAAAGCGCCUAUUUAGUCAGCGUAACAUAACUUGUGAAUCUUCCAAUUCUCUUAAGGAAUUAUUAGACACUACCACAGAUUGUUUGCAUGAAUUGUCAAAUCUAGGAAUUGAUAUAAAGUCAUGGGAUGUUAUCAUCAUAUACAUAAUUAGUUUGAAGUUGGAUGUGGAAACUCGUAAACAAUGGGAAUUGUAUGUUAGCCAGUUACCUGAUGAAUUACCGACGUUUAAGCAACUAAAAGAAUACUUGGAAACUAGAUUUCGAGCUUUAGAAUUUGUGGAACCUAGUAAAAGUAAAACUCGCGCCAGUUAUGCCAAUUUAAACAAUAAUCCUAAAGCAUUACAUGUUACUUCCAAUUUUACAUGCCCCCAUUGUUCCGAAGGCCACCGACUGUAUAAUUGCAAACAAUUUGCUAAAGAAGAUGUUGAUAAGCGAAGAAAUAUUGUUCAAUCACUUGGCCUUUGUUUUAAUUGUCUUGGUUAUAAUCACAGUAAUAAAAUAUGUCGCGUAACAAUCAAAUGCCGAAUUUGUAAGCGAAAGCAUCACACUUUAUUGCAUCCAAAAAGUCAAGUUAAUUCAGCGACAUGCGGUGUCGCAAUGGAAUCGACAUGUAAUAACAAUGAUACAAUUUUAGAUUCCCCUAAAGACAAUACAAUAACAAACAUUGCAACCCCUUUUUUGAAGGAUAAAGUUCAAACAAAAAUUUUAUUAGCAACAGCCUUAAUUAAGGCUGAAUCAAAAAAUGGGCAAACUCAGAUUUUAAGGGCUUUGCUAGACCAAGGGUCACAAGCUACUUUUAUAUCUGAAUCCACGGUACAAUUAUUGCGUUUGGCUAAAAUUCCUACUAGAAGUUCAAUUUCUGGUGUCGGGAGUAGUCAAAGUAAAACAGUCUCCAAGCAUGUUGUUUUUAUUAAUAAUCAGUCUCUCCAUGACUCGUCUCUCGAUGUACUGAGCACUGUUACCACAGUGUUACCUGAAAGGAAGUUUACUAUUGCAGAUUGGCCAGAACUUCACUGCAUUGCUUUGGCUGAUCCUCAUUAUAAUAACCCCAAUAAAAUAGAUUUUUACUGGGAGCUGACGUUUAUUGUCAUAUUCUGA